UACUUAGACACUUUGUGGAUCGUGGCAGCCGGUUGUUUACGACUAACAUUCAACAGUAUAAUUUCAUCCCGUCAAUUACUUUACAUAUUCUCAAUCAUUAUCUUUCUAAUUUUUUUAAUACUGUGAACGAUCAACAAUCUACAAAAUGUCGGCAAGUGCAGGGACACCAACCAGUGCGCCAAAAGCCAUGUCUUCGAGGCUUCUGACCAUGAAAUUUAUGCAGCGUGCUGCUGCUGCAUCUCCGACAAACGCAUCGCCUUCUUCAUUAGAUGAGCCAUCGCCAAAACGACAAAAGACAGCACAAAAUACUCCUACAAAGAUCAAUGUCGAUACUUUGGCAGACAAUCGGGCGAUUCAAGCAGCAAUAGAGGAAGAGGAAGCCAAGAAGCAAGCCGCAUUAGAUCGAGCAGCCGCAGAAGCAGGAGAUACACGAUGGGUUCUGAGUUUCGAGGGAAGAAAGAACCUUAGUACCCCAACGAAUAUAUUGCGAGUUGUACAAACUAGUUUCGCAAAUUUAGAUCUUCCUUCUCCAACAAAGGUGCAGCAUACUGAUGAUGGCGAUAACAUUUUUGGAGAUGAGAAACCGUUCAUGGUUGGUCGAAGAAGUUUUGGAAAGUUCAAUAAAGUUUUAGAGGUAUGUGGUGUCUUCCGAUUACUGCUGCUUAUCAUAUACUAAUAGUUAUUGAAUAGAAACAACAGAAUCCAGAUAUAGAAUUUUCAUCAUCAGAGGAGGAAAGUGAUAACCAAGAAUCCGCAGAUGAAGAUACUGAGGAUGAUCCAACAGGCGCAAAAGAAUUGAUAAAGGCCUCAAAACAGGAAGCGAUAAAACGGGCUAAAGGGGAACGAAAAGCCAAGAAGAAGGCAGAAAAGGCGGAGCUGUUGGAGCUAUCUAAAAAGAGAAAGAAGAAGCAUGUCUCAUUAAAUGGUCUGACAUCAUUAUCUGGCUCUGGGGGGGGCACAUUUGGCUCGGGAGGUGCGAAUAAAUCAGACAUAAAAUGUUAUACGUGUGGAGGAAAUCAUAUCGCAAGGGAUUGUCCAAGGGCGAAGAGGAAACAUCAAGGAGAUGGUGGGCCACCAAGGAAAUCUCAAAGAACGAGAUGAAGGUGGGGAUUGGCAAUGAUAACACAUUUUGCAAGAGGUUGUAAAUACUGGAGAGAUCGAACUGUUGCACGGGGUUUAUGCCAAUCAGUCCAGGAAGAUUCUCAAGGAUUAGGCACGACUGUUUACAAUCACAUAUCUUUGGAUAAAAAGCUCUCUGAUGGCUUUCAUCACUUGGGAGUAUAGCAGCGAGGUGCAAAGGCGAAUUUCACGAUCAAUUCUCUUCGGAGAAAUCUCAAUCGUCGCUAGGCACAGAUAAAAGUCAACAUCAUGAAGUC